AACGUCCACCUCGGGCUGCCGGGGGCGCUCCUGCAGCGGGCUCUGGUGAUGUUCGAAUGGCCACUGUGGACGACGACGUUGCCAUGGCUGAUGCCGGCGGCGGCCGUCACCACUGCCCCAUUGCCAGUUGCCCGGCCCACGAUUCCACGGGCCAUGCUGGUUGGGAAUCGUCGGCAGCCCUGCGGGCACACAUGGAUGCACAUCAGUUGGGAGCCCUCCCGGGAGCCCCGCCGGUGGAUUGGCUGAGAGCAAAGGAUCUGACCGUUUGUCCUGAGUGCUCCCGUCUGGUUAGCAGACGAUGCAAUGGAGGGGUGCACCGCACUUGCAUGGCUGCACGGCUGACCCGCCGACCGGCUCGGCCCCUGCUCACCGAAGGUGAGUUUGGCAGCGUGGACCUCGUCCUUGGCAGCUUGCCUUCUCUUGAUGAAAUUUUUGCGGCGCCAGUGGCCACAAGAGACUUUGUCAGUGCUGGUCUUCUCCCUCUAGUGGAGAGAGCGCUUUUGCGCUGCAUAGCGCGGGUGCUGCAGCACAACCGCCCGGAUGCCUGGGACCACCCUGGCACUGCUGCUGACACCGCUGCCCACCGGCAAUGUCGCUUGGCCUGGACAGAAUUUUUCAUGUUCCCCAAGGCAUGCCUCGGGGUCAUCCCCGGAGGGCGUGCCAAGCAGCGCUGCAACCACAACCUUGCCGCCAACCGCCUGGAACGCUGGAUCUUGGGCGAAAGGCGGGCACUUUGGGAUGAGGUUGUCGGCCGCCGCCGGGGGCCUGUCGCCUCUGACCAGCAGCGGGACCCAGAACAACGGCAACGUGACGCUGCCAUUCAAUUGGCACGCCGAGGCCUGCCUGGUAAGGCCAUGCAACGGCUCAGUGGUGCCCCACUUGCGGAGCCCAGCCCAGCAGUACUUGCAGCCAUGAGAAGCAAAUUUCCAGGGAGGCCUCCGCACCAGGCCACGUCCUCCCGACCAGCAGCCCCACCUGCCAAUGAAGCUGGCGUUGAGGAUGUUGUCAGGGCCAUUCGCAGCUUCCCCCGCGGCGCUGCUCCUGGCCCCACUGGUCUCCGCCCUGACCUGCUUCAGCAACUUGUGAGUGGCUCUGAGGAACGGCCGGCUGCACACCUGCUGACACAGCUGGUCAAUUUGUUGGCUGACGGUCAGGCUCCUGCUGGGCUCCGCCCUUAUGUUGGAGGUGGUCGUGGCACUGCCUUGCAGAAGGUCUCCAAGACUGGCACUGCCGAUGUGCGGCCGCUGUGUGCUGGGGAGGCGCUCAGACGCCUUGUCGGGAAAGUGCUCCUGCGCUCCGAACUGCCUGCGCUGAGGGCCCACCUCUUGCCCCAUCAGCUCGCAGUCGGGGUCAGCUCUGGGGCUGAGGCCAUGGUUCAUUUGCACCGACAAUGGGUGCAGCGCCACAGCCAUGACGCUGACCGCGUCUGCUUGUCCUAUGACGUCGUUCCUGGUUUGGGUCGCUGGCUGGAAUACAUCUACCCCACGAACGUGGCCACCAAGGUGUUCUUCCACGACCAGAUCAUCGAGUCCGUUGCAGGAGGGCAGCAAGGAUGUCCGCUCAUGAUGGCCUGCCAUGCAGUUGUCCAACGGCUUUUGCUGGAAUCGCUGGGUCUUGUCCCGCCGCUGGAGGGCAGCAGCAUUCAAUUGCCUGUGCUGUCUCCUCCCGCCCGGCUUGACAUUGCCCCAUGUUUUGCUGACGAUGGCUUGCUUGCUGGGCCCUCUGCAGAGGUCCUUCGUUGCCUGCGCCAUUGGCAGGGCGUCUUGCCUCAGCUCGGGCUGCGGCUCUCCAGUGCCGUUGUUGCCCCUGCUGUUGCGCAGGCCCCCAUUGACUACACUGGCUUCGUCACCCUUGGCUGCACUGUCGAAGCCCAUGGCAACUAUGAGGUCCUGCGCUCCCCCACCGGUGCAGAUUCCUUUUGUGUGGCUUAUUGCAAGGAGCGGGCUGCCAAACAGGUCGACAUAGUUCGACGUGUUGGCCAACUGGAAGAUCCGCAAGUUGGGUACUACUUGCUGCGCUUCUCUUGUGGCGCUGGCCGCAUGACCUACAUGGCCCGUACAACACCAGCACGGCUUUGCCGCGACGGCCUCCUUGCAUUUGACAGUGGCGUUCAAGCCUCUUUCACUGAGCUGACUGGCUUCCAUCCCGACGCCCUGGCGUGGGAGCAAGCUACCCUCCCUGUGCAGCUUGGCGGCCUGGGAUUGCGGCCCGCUGCCGGUAUUGCCGAUGCGGCGUACAUUGGCUCUCGUGCAGCAACUUUCGAGCGUUGCAAUGCUUUGUGGCCUUGUUUUCAAUGGGAUUCCAACCUUGGUAGCGACUUGUCUGUUGCCCUCCAACACUGCUGGGAUCAGCUUCGCACUCCAGUAUUGCCAGUACCUUUCCAAUGGGACGACCACACCAAGCUCACGCAAACCCAUUUAAGCAGCCUUGUGAGCAAAACCCUGUUGGAUGGAUGGUACAGCCGGGCCGGCAGUGAUGAUGCCUGCCGUCUCCAUGCCUACGCAGUCGAUGGUUCCGCUGCUGCGCUAGGGUUCACACCUUCACACACACUUGACACCACUUUAUCCAGAUCCGAUUUCCUUGCCAUCCUAGGAGGUCGCCUGGGAGUCGAUGUGUGUGGCGGUGGGCCUUGCCGCUUCUGCGGUAAACCUUCUGAUUGCAAAGGCCGCCAUGCUCUCAGCUGCAUGGCUGGCGGCGACCAUGUGGCCCUCCACAACAGUCUUCGCGAUCUGGUGUUUGACUAUUGCCAACGGGCUCAGGUCCGACCAGUGCUUGAAGCCCCCGGGCUCCUGAAUGGCCAGCGACGCCCUGCAGACGUCUUGGUGCGGUCCGCAACUGGUCUGGUGCCUCGCUUGCCUGACGGCGCGCAGCCCCACAACCCACCUCCAUUGGCAUUAGACAUCGCUGUCGUGAAUGCUUUGGGGGAUACGCAUUGGGACGCCACCCGACAGGCGGCUGGAGCUGCCUGCUUGGCCUAUGCUCAGCGCAAGCGGGCUCACAACAGGACUGCGGGCCUGUGUGAAGCUGCUGGGGUUCGCUAUCUCCCCUUGGUCUGGGAGGUGCAAGGUGGGAGCACGCCUGAGACUCGGGCCUUUGUCCACCGCCUGUGCGGGGCAGUUGCUGUGGUCGAAGGGCUGGAUCCCGGAGUGGUGAAGAGCCGGUUCAGUGAACAAGUUGCUGUCUUGCUGGCUCGCGCCAGCGGGCGGGCCAUUCGUCGCCGGCAAGCUGUCGUGGGAGACAGAGCGCUGCCAGUGGCCAUUCAGCCUGGCUCAAUCAGGGCUUGGUUCCCCGCCACCGGCAUUCGGGUCCUAGACCGCAACUUCCGAGAAUUCUUCGGUCUCAUGGUCCCCAGAAUUGGCGAAGAACGUCGGGGGUUCACCAGAAUUUGGGGGAAAAAGUUACAGCGAAAGUACGAAGCUCCAACUCCGUGGAAUUUGGCUCCAGACUCGAAAGCAUCCGCGAUGACGCUGGCAGCAGCAGGCGCGGGGGGCGAACCCCCUGCGGCAUCAUGCCGUCAAGUUUGUCCCGGGCAGAGAAGAGAACCAGUCCGUCUUGGAGGCGACGUCUCGGGGGUUUUGGUGGGUUGA